AUGGACUCGACGUCAACUAAUCUUGCGGUUAUAAAUGUUGAUAAUAAUGUUGAAGAAGUUGUUUGUUCUGUAGAUGUAUUUGAUUUCAAUGAAAAUGAAUUCGAAGAGAGAAAAAGAUUAACAAGGAAACGUAUCAGUAACAAUAAACCAAUAAUAUUAUCACCAUCGCCAUCAUCACCGCCAUCAUCGCUCCACAGACCAGAAAAACGAUUAAAAUUUGAUAAACAACAAAAUGAGGACGAAGAGGUGUAUGAACACCAGCAGGAAAUGGAAACUCUUCCAUACGGACUAGAUGAUUAUUUACUAGAACCACCACCAAAACUACGACGUUUACAAAGAGCAGAUCGAAGACAAACAUCAUCGCAAUCGCCAUAUUUCCAAUCACCGGAAAGAAAUGGUAAAUUAGGUAAAAGCAAAAGUUUACAGGCCUACCUUAGGAAAGAAAAUGCCGAAGAACUUUUUAUAGGUUCACAAUCUUUAACGCAACAACAAUUGAAAGAUCUUGUUAACAAAUGUGAAUGGUUAUCGUGUGAUCAUAUUAAUGCAUAUUUCACCAUACUCAAUUCUGAAUAUGAAAGCAAUAUUCAUGCAUUUUCAACAUAUUUUUAUGUAAUGUUGAUGAAAGAUAAUGUGUAUUCGUAUUCUAAUGUUAUUAGAUGGACAAAAAAAAUUGAUAUUUUUAGUAAACAAUUUAUAUAUGUCCCAAUAAACGUUAAUGAUUCACAUUGGAUUCUUGCUGUUAUUAAAAUCAGAGAAAGAAGAAUUGAAUUGUGGGAUUCUUUGGGUAACAGACAUAUUAAAACAGUUGAUCGAUGGUCAUUUAAAAAUCAAUUUAUUAAUACGAGAAACAACGGACCACAGAUAGAUGAUCAUUCAUGUGGUGUUUUUGUUUGUAUGUUUGCUAAAUUAUUAUCAGAUGGUAUAGAUGAUGAGACUAUUAUUGAGGAGGCAUUUGAUGAACAAAAAAUCAGAGAAUUUAGAAUUUUAAUGGCAGAAAAAAUAUUAUCAAAAAGUAUUUUGUGUGUUAAAGAUUCUGACCAAGAAAAUGAUUGA